AUGACCACCACUUCUGUUAAUGAGGCCGCACGGCCACGAUUAAACAUAACUAAAUGGGGUUUCCCCCAGGACAACCCAGAGCGUCCGGGGUCUGAAGAGUUUUCACCGCGGUCACCCAAGCAUGACACUGCAGAAUCUAAUUGGGAAGAACAAAAGGAAAGCCAGAAACUCUGGGACAUCACAGAUGAGCAAUCGACCUCUAUCAACAUUAGCAUUCCUCCCCUUGCCACCCCGACUCGUGAUAGUAUGGGAAGUAUGUCUUCCGACAUGUUGGAGGAGCUGAGAAAGAUUAUUAAGGAAGAAGUAUGUGAAGUUGCUCAAGUUGCCCAGCUGCGGAACAGCGAGGCUGUCACCCCUAUUGACACAUUUCGCUUCUCGCCCUGCUCCAGCCAAAACUCAGUCUUCACUCCCUCAUACCCCACCCCACCUCAGUCAGAUGUUGAGCCGUUUAGCCAAUCCAAAGCCUCUUCCCCCGUCGAACAGAGUCCUGAAGUCGCUCACACAAGUGUAGCACAAACUUCGCCCCUAGCACCUCCCCAAGCGUCGGUCAUGCCGUCUUUAUCUCAGUCUCAGGAUACAGCACCCAUCAGCUCUCAACAGAAAGCCGUUCGCUUCAGGAACAGAGGACCCCCCGUGAUCCACUGCCAGCCUCGUGUCGAGCCGGAGGCUGUUUCUCCUACUGCCGCUAUUUCACCCCAAGUAGAGCUGAGCAGUGUGGACAAGGCAUGGGGUGUUUUAUUUGACUCUGAUGGAUUUCCUACUCAACGCCUUAGUUCCGUUCUCAGAGGGUUGGCGAAAUACAUGAUCUUAGAGUUCGAGCCAGGGAAAUCUUUGGUCAUUACACCGGAGAAGAUGCUUGCUUUUUAUACAAAAUACAAGGUUGAGCCCGAACGAUUUCAAUAUGAAGACAUCUUUCGGUCGUGUUCAACAGACGCGCUCGAAAGAAUCGAAUUUCUUUAUCAGGAUCUGGACUGCCAAUAUUACCUCACUCAAAGUAACCCCCGAUUACGUCCUAAUGUUCCCAGCCUUACGCCUGAUGGUUUCGCAAAGUGGAUGGUCAGCAACAUACUCGCCUACCCCGAUCCAGAGUCUAGACGCCUGCAUGCCAUAACGUCUUCUUUACCCCUGAAUGCAGACAGUCCUAUUGUAAAUGGUAAGGAUAGCAAAACAGAAAGAUUACCCAGGCAGCUAUCCCGCCACCUUUUCCCAGAACAACAUGACAAGAAGGUCCGCAAAAUCCUCGAUGAAGCCAUAUGGGAUUGCUUGGAGGAUGCCACUCCACCUCUUCCGUCCAUCCCUCACGCCACCAGACCACGCUCAGAGAGCCUUACUGGUGUCCACCUUCGCCAGCCUACAGACGACUGGAAACGUCCUAGGGCACCCCCUUACUCCUCUAGGACCUACGACCGCAGAACAGCUGGCACCGAUUCCCUUCCAGCACGUCUGCCCCGCUCAAACUCGGACGCAGGUUCUUCAGGCAGUAGGCACCGUGACUUACCGCCACCGCCAAUUGGUCGAUACUCCCUUCCCCAGCGCCAACGAAGUCCUCCGCCCAUGAAUCGAUAUAGUUCUUCGCUUCCCGUGAUCCCGCAUCAUGCUGUCUCAUCAACCUCAUCUGCGCACUCUGCAGCACUUUCUUCGAAUACCAGAGAGAACGAAGGGAACUAUGGCAUGUAUUCCAGACAAGCUGGAGGGCGGAGGCCAAGAGAUGAGUCGCCUAGAUCUCCUGGUUUCGGGAGGCGAUGCCUUGGGGGAGACAGGGGCCCAACUUGGGAGGAGGUAUAUAGUAGGACUGAAAGUGGUACGAGAGGUUCGGCUGAUGCUGGGCUACAACGGUUGUUCCGUUGA